AUGUCAACUGUCCGGCGCAGCAAGGCUAUGCCAACUGAUGGCCCAACGGCCAAGUUUCUCUACACGAUCAUCAAACAGCUGGAUCUGAAAUCGAUCGACUGGAAUCUCGUGGCAUCCCAGUUAGAGAUCUCAAAUGGCCAUGCUGCUCGCAUGCGAUACUCGCGCUUCCGACAGCAAAUGGAAGGCAUCACCUCCACUCCGCGGUCUUCUCGCCCCAAAAAGACCCCCGGCAAAGCCAAAACCGGCGCGUGCAAGGCAGACGUGGAGAAAGGAUCCGUUCCAGCUCCGUCUCAGUCCAUGGUGAAGCAAGAGCCGCAAAUGGUACCCCACGAACCGAAGCCCUACCUCAAGAUUGACCCGUACUGCCAGAACUUCAACCUGGCUGAUAUCCCGCAUGUCUCCUCUCAACCUCAGGUAGCUAGCGGUCCUUCUACUCAUCCAUUCAUGGCCCCGUACCCUCCCUUCUCCCAUGCAUCUGGUGAUCUCUCGAUGUAUACACCUUCGCCUGCGUUCCCUGGUCCAGUAAUCGGAUUCGAGCGCCCGCCGGCUACUCAGCAUAUCUGGGCUCCUGUGAAAUCGGAGAUGGAAGGGGAUGAUAGCAUGAGUGACAUCCUGAUCAAGAUUGAACGGCCGCACGAUCCAGGAUUUGGCAUGGGGGAAAGCGAUAUGGCUUCGAAGGAAAUGCCGGUGGUGUCGAGCGCACCCAAUGAAGAGGAUAGAAUACACUGA